AUGCGAUGGGAAAGGGAUGCGGGCACGGCGAGCGAUGGGAGCGGGACAGGCGGAGCGGAGGAGGAGCCGAUGGAAGUGCCGCUGGAGGAGCAGCGGUGGGACCGGGAGGCGCCAGCCCGCGCCCCGCAGCGCAGACCCUCGCCGCUGGGCUUCCCGGCCGCCGUGCUCAAGGAGGGCCUGCCCCAGCUCUGCCCGCCCUACCUCGGCUACGCGCGGCCAGAUACAGAAACCAGCCAAAGUUCUCAGUUCAGUUUUGAAUCACUACCCCAGAAGAUUUGUCUCAUCUGCGGUGAUGAGGCUUCAGGUUGCCACUAUGGAGUACUUACCUGUGGAAGUUGUAAAGUCUUCUUUAAAAGGGCAAUGGAAGGUCAGCACAACUAUUUAUGUGCUGGAAGAAAUGACUGCAUAGUCGAUAAAAUCCGUAGGAAGAACUGCCCAGCGUGUCGCUUGAGGAAGUGCUGUCAAGCUGGAAUGGUUCUGGGAGGUCGAAAACUGAAAAAGUUUAACAAAAUUAAGGUUGUGAGAACAUUAGAUGUUGCACUCCAGCAGCCAGCAGCCCUUCAAGAUGAAAGCCAGUCUCUAACCCAAAGGCUGUCCUUUUCUCCAAAUCAAGAAAUACAGUUUGUUCCCCCGAUGAUAAGUGUUUUACGAGGCAUUGAGCCAGAAGUUGUCUAUGCUGGUUAUGACAAUACAAAACCCGAAACACCAAGUUCCUUGCUGACCAGUCUGAAUCAUCUUUGCGAGAGGCAACUUCUUUGUGUAGUCAAGUGGUCUAAAUUACUACCAGGUUUUCGGAAUUUGCAUAUUGAUGAUCAGAUAACCCUCAUCCAGUAUUCCUGGAUGAGUCUAAUGGUUUUUGCAAUGGGGUGGAGAUCAUACAAACAUGUCAGUGGUCAGAUGUUGUAUUUUGCACCAGAUCUGAUUCUAAAUGAACAGAGGAUGAAAGAAUCAUCAUUCUAUUCCCUGUGUCUGUCCAUGUGGCAACUCCCACAGGAAUUUGUCAGACUUCAAGUUAGCCAAGAAGAGUUCCUAUGUAUGAAAGCACUGUUACUUCUCAACACAAUUCCUUUGGAAGGUCUAAGAAGUCAAAGCCAAUUUGAUGAGAUGAGAACAAGUUACAUCAGAGAACUGGUGAAGGCAAUUGGUCUGCGCCAGAAAGGUGUUGUGGCCAACUCACAGCGUUUCUAUCAACUUACAAAACUGAUGGAUUCCAUGCAUGAUCUGGUGAAACAGCUCCAUCUCUUCUGCUUGAACACAUUUCUCCAGUCCCGUGCACUGAGCGUUGAAUUCCCCGAGAUGAUGUCAGAGGUGAUUGCUGCCCAGCUACCCAAGAUUCUAGCAGGGAUGGUGAAACCUCUUCUCUUUCACAAGAAGUGAAAUGUCUUUUCUCUUAUCAUAGAGAUGAUACCUGGGUCAUU